CUUCGCUUUAUGUAGAAUUUCUUUAAGCGAUUGAAAGGCAAAUUAUUCGAUUGAGUUCGAGUCUGUUCAUUGCGUAGCUGCAAAAAUUGCAGAGGAAGAAGUAAGACGAAGAAAAAAAAACGUAUCUCAUUUGAAAGAAAUUAUGUGUUCACUUGGUGGUGGGUCUUUGGAAAAGAGUUGCUUAUUUCGAUUUGUGACCAAUACGUAAUGCUGGAGAAUUUUCCUCGAGAGUGCCGUGUGGAUAUAAAACGGGGUGUGAGGGUCUCAAGCAAUCAGUAUCGAGUUGUACAAUCGGUGACAAAGAUGGUGUCAAGAACAGCGAUUUUCGUUGGUGUUGCAGUGGCGUUGUUGGGUGUUAUUUGUGCAGCACGGGCACUUAGGCUACCCCACUAUGAUCUGGAAGUAGCUGGGUCAGGGAAGAACGAGGAAUGGAAGCAUGGUGGUGGAAAGGAUCAUCAUUCGGAUGAGCAUUCGUCCAAGGGUGAGAAGGGUGAGAAAGGAUACAAAGGCUCCCAUGGGUAUGAGAAGGGAGAGAAGGGUCAUCACGACAAGGAAGGGCACAAGGGGCAGUACGGCGAGGAGGAGGGAUACAAGAAGAAGCACUUCGAUGAAGGAGGAUACCACCAUGAGAGCGAUAAGGGCGAGAAGGGUGAGAAGGGGCACAAGUACGAAGAGAAGGGCAGCUUCAGCAAAGGACACUCCACCAAGGGAAAGCACGAGAUCCACAAGGUUGAUGAAUUCAAGAAAGACAAGAAAUUCUACGAUGAAGACCACGAUGAGGGCUUCGAGGAGAAACACGGAGACUUCCACGAGGAUCAUGGCUACAAGAAGGGCGGAUCCCACAAGAAGGGACACCACAAGUCAGGCAAACACCACGAUCACUACGGCAAGAAGGGCAGCCACAAGAAGGGAAGCCACCACCACGAUCACUCCGGGCACAAGGGUGAGAAGGGACACGAUGAGCACCAUUCCCACAAGUCUGAGUACGGCAAGAAGGGUGGCAGCGAUCAUCACAAGAAAUUCGGACACAGCAAGGGUCACAAGCACUAAACCCAUCGCGCCCGUGGCUCAUAGGACAAUUUAACAUCAAUGUUAGACGAAUGAAAUAAAAAGUCCACUAACUCUGA